UCUUGGCAUAAAACCCCAAACCCACCACCCAAACAUUCCAUCAUUUACCAUUUCAUAAUAAUAAUAAUAAUAAUAAUAAUCUUUAUCUGCUACAUUCCAUCCCCCUGAGUUUCUUGUUGAGAGUCAUGCUCUCUUGUUCUUCUUGGCUUACUUCUUCUGACUUUGUUUCAUCACCAUCCAUUGAAGAAGAAGAAGAAGUAGAAGUAGAAGAAGAACUUAUCAAUAUCAUCAAGUUUUGGUUCUCCAGACACUACUUAUUCCCAAACAGCUAACACAACAUGGGUCUCAACUCCAAGCAAGCCAUUCCUGAUAAUAUACACUGGUCUCAGAGUUUGUUGAAGAAUAUAAACCCAGUGGGAAACCAAGUGAAGAAGCAAAAGCAGCAGCAAGAACAGCAAGGACUUGCAUGUCCAAGAUGUCAGUCUACAAACACAAAGUUCUGUUACUUUAACAAUUAUAAUAAAAGUCAGCCUCGGCAUUUCUGCAAGGCUUGCCGGCGUCACUGGACCAACGGUGGCACUCUCCGGAACGUCCCUGUUGGCGGUGGCCGGAAGAACAAACGCUCCAAAACCACCACCACUUCCAGUACUAAUACUAGUAAUACUAAUAGUAAAGAUGAAAGAUUAGUACCAAGUUUUCAGCAGCAACAACAGCAGCAGCAGCAGCAACAACUAGGAACUGAGAACUUUUUUGGGAGUAUUUACAGUAAUGUUUUGGCUCAUAAUUUACAGCCAUUGGAAUCAAAUGGGAUGGCUAUGGGCUUUGAUAACUUCACUGUUGAUCCUUUUCUUGGGGUUUCAUUGUAUGAUUGCACAGGACUGGGUGGUGAGUGGCAAGCACUGCAAAUGAGAAGUGGUAUGGAUCAUAGUGCUUGUGUUUUCCCAGGUGGAUGCUGGAGUAAUGGUGGUACUACUUCUGCUUGUCUGGAUGAUGAUCCACUUUUGGCUGGGUUUGUUCCUUCUGCUGAUCAUUGAGAGCUUGAUGAAUUGAUUGUGAUUUUUAUUGUUUUUUGUUUUUGCUGGAAUUUGAGUUUCAAGUCGUAGGGUUGGUGAUUUGUUUUUUUCUGUUUUUUUUCUUUUCUGGGUAUUGUUAAGUGUUUUUGUUUGUUGUUAUGAAGGUAAUGAGGUAUAAGCUACACUAUAAAUCUAUGUAAGUUUUUGUUCUUAGGCUUAACAUGACAAUGAAAAUAAGAUUUACUGAAGAAUAAGGGAUGGUGUUUAUGACAAAAGAAUGCACCUGAAUUUUUAGAUUUCA